AUGUCAUCAUCACAAGAACGACCAUCCCCUCCGAGGGCCGGCUCUUACAUUCUGGUCUCCUCUUUGUCCCCACAGGACGACUCUACAUCGGCACCUGAUGACGAGACGGGCCCGAUAUACCGAUCCGUCAGACCGAGGUUCUUCUUCCUUCUGCCCAUAGUUGCUUUCCUGGACUCUGCGUUUGCGGUCAUGCUUGGCAUCCUCAUUCUUCAGCAGGAAGCUAAGCACACUCCAUAUGGAUCGACGAGCCCACCACCAUCGCUCGAUCCCAUCCUUCUCAGCCCUUUGUCCGGCAAGCUUCCUGACACCAGUCCGACACCAAUAGAUGAUGCAGCAUGGGAGCGUCAGAAGAUAGUGCUCACAGUCAUUGCCUUCUCUGUCACCCGCGCUUGCGCCUACGCCAUCAUUGGCAUCAGCAAACGCAUUCGAGAGCUAGGAGUCACUGUUGCGGCUAUCAGUAUCCUCAGCACCCUCUUCUACGUUUCCAUCGCCAAUCUCUUGCUCCAAGCACGACCGAAACCCAAUGACAACCUCGGUCUUCACAGCUUUUUGACGGUGCUGAAGGACUGGCACUGGCCAGAUGCAUUCAAAAACACUGAGCCAACAAUGCCGAUCCUAGUUGGCGCGCAGAUGGCGUUGACACUGUUCGAGUGGGUGCUGUACAUCGCAGUAGUCGGGGUCAAGAUCCCUCCAGGAGGCAAUUCAGCGGAAGCAAAGAGGUGGGCAAGAGGUUUAGCAGAGGACGCCGGUUAUCAACGUGGGAUGGAGGCUCGUAGCUUGUAUCCCUCUGAUGGAGAGGACGAGGAUGAGGAAGAACACCUCGAAGAGGGCGAAGAGGAGAGAGAGAGAUGCAGCUCCACUGGUACUAGCAGAUGUAACAGCAGGCAGACCAACACCCAGGAAGAAGGUGAUCUGGAGCAGGCUAGGGUGUCACUCGCUUCUCCCAUCUCCAACAUCUCUAGGAAUCAUGUGACCACCUCGACUGUGGCUGGUGAGGCCGAUGGCAGCAAUCAACCUUUGCUCGGCGCCAGCCCGGCUCGUGGAUAUGGUAGCACCUUGGCGAGCCCGCGAACACCACGCGGCCCCUCUCAUUCCAGCUCAACAUCCCAAUCUCACGGUAGCGUCCGAAGCAAGCGCUCAGCACAUGCCAUGAGUCGAAGCGCCUCCAACCGCUCCGGCAUGUUUUCUCGCUCGCCUGGUGCCGCCGAACUUGGCGUUGCUUCCCCGCAUACUCUCCAAGACGGCGAAGAUCAUGAUGGACGCGACGAAGACGGAGAAGAGGAAGCAGAAGGAAGUGACCCGGACGACAUCAUCGAUAUCACGCCCAACCGCGCCGUGGCACGAAAAGAAGCUCGCCUUCGCUUAGCCCGGGCAGCUCUUCCUGAGCGCAGAGCUUCUGGUGGCUCCCUGUCAACGCUCAAUAUUUUUGGCGCUGACGGUCCGCCGUCGGCAUCGAAAGGAGCUAGAGGUCCUGGUGUGUUCUCGGAUGAAGCGGGUAGUCCACUUGGUAGACGUAACAGCAAAGAUCAUGACGAGAGGACAGCGACAUUGACGACCGUAGCUACCACCACAGCGGCAGCUCCUGUAGUGCCCAAUGCGGCCAAUCUGAGCAGAUCUUUGUCGACCUCGAGGCAUCCAUCUUCGCUGCUGCCGUCUUCCAGUAGCACUCGCACGAUGUCAUCUUCGACGACGAGAGGCUCCAAAGAAGGUCGCAAGUUCAAAUUGCCUAAAUGGCUGAAACCUGGUGGCAGCAAGAAUCGGUCAUGA